CAUAUUAUUCACCAAUAAUAAUAUAUAGAUAGAACCCAGUAAUAACCAUAGACUCGUGUUCUAUCCUAGAUAAUAUAGAGACUUAUUACACGCGUAUGUCACGCGAAUUACACGUGACUAAUUUCUUGUGACCAUUGCAACCAAUGUGGUGGGUCGUUCCUUCCUCGAAGGAUGUCCUCAGCCCAGCAGAAGAAGCAGAAGAAGCACAGGAAGCACUGCCAGCUGGAAGUAUCUGACUACGUCUGAUUCGAGAGUGUUGCCAGCUGUUUGACGAUGAAUGAGCUAUCUGAGGGUAUGUAUUGCUGCUGUGCUGGUGCUGCCUCCUCACUGUUUGGCGUCUGCAUCUGUUCCCACUACUUUUUGUCACUGUGAUUGCGAUGCUGAUGGGUUUCUAACCAUCAAUAAAGGAGUCUAUCAACUAACUUUGCUCUGUUGUUGCUGUCUGUGAAGAGGACUAUGCUUAUCAACUAAUAAUUGGCCAGCAGCCUGUAAGGGCUCGAAUGUGUGGCCUUGGAGACAAAGAUAGAAGACAAAUUUCUCCUCCACCAUGCAUCCAGCUCGUUAUCUUGAACAAACACGAUAACACUCCAAUCAACCUAUAUCAUAUUAAGGACAGAUUAAAUUAUAUGCUUGUAGCUGAGUUAUGGAACGCCGAUAAAAAGAUUAACUUGUCUAUCAUUUCAACCCAAUCAACUUCAUCGCAGUCAGUUCCAAGAUUAAAUCAUAACUCUUUGAACAAUUCUUUGAGCAAUUCUUUGAACAACGCUUUAACUAAUGAUUUGAAUCAUUUGAGCCAUUUGACUCAAUUAAAUCAAUUAGCCCAAAAUGGCUAUAAUUACAACGAUUUUAGCUCAAACAAAACCUUUAAUGAUUUGCAAAACCAGAUCGACAAUAACAGUAUGAGCAAUAUUGACACUAUAAUUAGCAAUAACAUGACUAAUAUUGAUAAUAUGGAAAAUAUUGAUAAUAUCAAUAAAUUCAACAGUCUUACCAAUAGUCACAAUAGUAAUAACGGUAAUACUAAUGAUAACACUAACGAUAUCAAUAACAAUACUAAUAAUAGUAACAACAACCAAAUCAGUAAUGAUAGUAACGAUAAUAAUAUCUUUACUUCAAACGACAACUUGUUAGACAAAAUAGACACAAAUCUAACCAACUACAAAUCUCAAUUAAAUAUCCAAGAUAACCAUAGUGACCAAGUCAAUAGAAACGGUAAUGGCAAUGUUAAUGGUAACAAUGAUGAUAACGCCAAUAACGGAGCCUCUAAUAUUCAAAAUGAUGUAGCAAUGACAAAUGCACUUGAAAAUGCAAAUAACAACGUCAUGUCUAUUAUUAACGACGACAAUAACAAUAAUGCUAAUAACAAUGAAAAUAAUAAUAUCAAUAGUCUUGAUAAUGAACAACCAGAAAUCCCAAAUGUUCAUUCAACUUUAAUAUACGACAAGGUCUUGGACCCAACUUCCCCAACUAGAAAUUUAAUUGGUAAUACUGUUUCAAAUGUUCUAGAAUUAAACGAUACCAGUAAUACCAGGGGCUUAUGGUUUGUUUUCCCUGACUUGUCCGUUAGAAUUGAAGGUAAAUUUACUUUGAAGUUUUGUCUUUUUAAAAUUUCUCCUUACUACCUAUUAAAAUCUACUGAUUCUUCAUUAGGUAAUGAUUCGCCCUCAUCUCCAAAUUCUCCAGUAGAUGAUUCAUCAAAUCAAAUGAAUUGGUCAAUUCCAAUUUUAAAAUCAACUUUUAGCGAACCUUUCACUGUUUAUAGUGCUAAAAAGUUUCCUGGUGUUACGCCCUCAAGCCCUUUAAGUACUAUUUUUGCUGAACAAGGUGUUAAAAUACCAACAAAAAGAUAUACAAACAGAAAGAAAAAUAACUCAAUUUCUUCAUCAAGUUCAAGAGCUUUAAACCAUAGAGUUGGAUCUUCUCCAACUUCUAACCUUAAUGCAUUUGCAGGUGCAAGUAUAAAUUUGAAUUCUGAUGAUGAAAUCAACAGUAAUGAUAAUUUAAAUUUAUCCAAUUUAAAUAAUAUAAAUGCUAAUAUUGAUGCAAAUAUUGAUGCCAGUAUUGAUGGUAGCAUUGAUGGUAGCAUCGAUAAUAAUAUCGAUAAAAUCAAUAAUGAUAACAGCAAUAUCAAUAAUCUUAAUAAUGAUGCCACUGACACCGCUGUUACUGCUAAUAAUGAUGAUGAUGAUGAAAAUAAAAAUGAGAAAUUAAUCAAUUUAAUUGGCAAAAACACUAUUAAUGUUACUAAUAGUAGUGACAAUACUAAUAACCACAGAUUUGAUCAUUCUCAAAUACCCAAAUCUCCUCCUAUAACUAUUAAUGCAAGAAUUUCAAAGUAGCUAGUGUGUAAUUAAAAUAUUUUUAAUUUUAAAAUUUUGUCCACCUUCUUUAUUACAAUGUUAUUUUAUUAUUUUAUAUUUAGUUUUUUAACUAUAUAUUAUCUUCUUUUUGAUUUUCAAAUAUUCUUUUUUUUACUUAUUUUUGUUUGAUUUUUAAUUGCCUCAAUUUUCUUCUCAAAUAAAUAAAAACAAAAGCUAAUAAAUGAAUAUCAGUUAUUGC